GUGGCUGCUGAAUCCAACUUGACAGUGGUCCGACAACUCGUUGAUAAGACGGAGGCUUCCACCGAGUCCCACUUCGCGGCAAUACGCCAGCGACUGGAUACGGUGGAUGCCGGCUCCAAAGAGGUUCAGCUCGCACAGGUAGCUGCAGCAAAAGACCUUCAAGUUGAGUUGGAGAGCCUGCGAGGCCGAUUGGGCGCGGCCGAGCAGCAACAGGCUUUCAGCAACUCUGGCAUCGCCGCCGUCCGGCAGCAGAUCGACAAGUUGCAGACUGAGUCUGCAGAGGCAUUGAAGAUUUUGGAAGCGCAGCUUUCCGAGCAGUUUUCCGGGCAGAUGUCUGCAGUUGAGCUGAAACAGGCGGCGACCGCAGCAGAAUUGCGGAAGGCUCUGGAUGCAGAGCUCGCAGGGGCUCAGGCUGCCUUGAGAGAGAGGCUCUCGGAGGUCCUAGAGCAGCUGCCAGAGUUGGACGCACGUCUGGAUGACCAAAAGGGACAGAUCGAGGCCGUGCGGACUCGCCAAGAUGUGAAUUACGAUGCAGUCGAAUCGCUGCAGGCCAGCCAUGCACGCGCUGCACAGGAAGCUUCAAAGAUCUCAUCUCGCGUGGAGCAGAUCGUGGGCAUGAUGACCGAGGAGCAAAGGAUCCGUGAAGCAGAGACCACCCAAGUAAAGCAAGGCAUCAGAGAGCUUGAGGCAACUCAAGCAACUCUCACGACACAGCUGGAAGAUUUUGGUGGUGUCUUGGAAACUGUGCAGCGCAGUGCCUCAGAUGUAGACGACAUGCUGAGCAAACGGCUGGGGGAUGUCAGCAAGAGGCUUGAGACCGUGCAGGCUGUGCAGGCGGAGCAGCGCGCUGAAGCCGAAGAACAUAAAGCUGACUUGCAACGCUUGCACAACGGCUUGCACGACAACACCGUUUUGGCAGAAAGGCAUCGAGCAGAGGUGGACAUGCGCGUUGAAGACCUGCAGCGCUUGACCAUCCCGCUUGAAGAGCAAAUGCAUGGUUUCACUUGGGCAGAGACUUCUCAAGAGGAGAAGGAGGCAUGCGUGGUGCGACUCUUCCAGCGCUUCCCCGAUGUACUUUUACAUCUCGGCGAUCCGCAGCUCGCGCAGCAGUUUGAGCUUCCCAGACAAAGCGUGAAGCUGAAGCAGCAGCCGACUGAAAACAGACUUACCGUUGAGCUGAAGCGACGGCUGCAGAGCAGCAGCGUCACAGCCGCAGCCCCAGGUGUGGCACAGGCCUUGGAUGCCAUGACAGCAUCACUGACCUCUCUGGCACAGUCACCUCCUUCACACGCGAUGGCACCUGUCCAGCCCAUGCAGCCCAGAGAUGCUCUUGCAUUUGGCCAAGGCCAAAGCUUUUUCUCAUCCAAUUUGGCCAGGCAAGCCCACGCCUCCGGCUCACGAAGCUUCGUGAAGCCGCGCCACGAGCUUCUCGACAGCCACAGCUCCAGUUCGCCCUCUUUCGGGCGAGUGGCUGCGAAGGGCUUCGCGAAGGCGAAGUCCCUUCCAGCACGCGGGCAAAGUCCCGAUGGCGGAGAUGGCGGAGCCGGCGCCGAGGUCUGGCUGCCGGGCCAGAGCUCCGACGAGGAGCCAAACCCUGCACCGGCGCACGGCAAAAGCAACAGCUCCACCUCCAAACGAGAUGCGUCGCCGACCUCCAGUGAUCCGAGCUUUGAGAGCCCGUUCUUCCCGGUGGCUUUGCAGCGCGAUGCCACUGGCACCACAGAGGCAUCAGAUGCCGGCAGCAUCAGUGGGGGCUUGGACAUCAAGUCGUUUCGCUCGCCUGCAGCAUCCGCCGCCGGUCGCCUGACCGGGGACCUCAUGGCACAUGCACGAGGCUUGGGUGCCAGGCGUGGUCUGGCCUUGCAGCUCAGCUCCAAAAGCUCUCGGUCCUCUAUCGUGGUGCCCCCAAUGGAUGAUGACGGACGGAGCACCCCGCCAUCGGCUUCCAGCAGAAUGGCCGUGGGCAUGCGCAUACCAGACAGCGAAGAGCCUGCAGUGCAGCUUGUGUUUCAAACUGAGCCGCCAAAGAGGCGGACCUCACGGUGCAACACGAUCCCUGCCGAUAUGAUGCUUGCGGUCGCCCCCCGUAUCCUGCAAGUUGCCAAGGUGCCACGGCCCUUGCCAGCAGCAUUCCCCAUCAGGCGGAACAUCAUCUUCUUCGACUGGGAUGAUACACUGUGUCCGACUAGUUGGAUCCGCAGUCUUCUCAAGGAGCACCUAGCAGACAUGGAGGAAUGGCUGGACCAGUAUGAUGACUGCCUUGAAACGGAAGAGGACUGGCGGGAUAGUAUACCCAGCUGGUUCAAACAACCGCUACCAGACGAGCCGCAUGUUCGACAACAUAUUGCCGACCUGCAAACGGCCUGUAUCCGAACGAUACGGAUAGCUCAGUCGCUUGGGGUGGUGUGCAUUGUCACCAACGCAGUGCCAGGUUGGGUGGAGAAGACGAUCAAGAGAUGGUUGCCCAAGCUGCGGACUCACAUUGGUGUGCAUGGUGUCCAUUCAGUCCGUUCUCAGCAUCCGAUCAAGGUCAUCUAUGCUCAGCAGGCCUACUGCGAUGGGUCGAACCUUCCCUUCGUGGACGAGCAGGGUGAGUUCAUGCUUUGGAAGAAGGCGGCCAUGGCCGGCGCCUUGACGGAACUGGACCACCUCUACGGCCUGCAAGGGGAAGAGAAGAACGAAGCGAAGCUUCUGAAUGUCGUAAAUGUGGUUUCCAUCGGAGACACCGAAGCAGAAAUGAGUGCUGCAGAGCUGGCGAGCCAGGGCCUUCACAGCCAGCAUCCAAAGCGGGGUCGUCUCUAUCGACGUGCCUGUGGCCUGCAGGACCAGCCUGAGCCCGGAGGGAACCAGACGGAGAAACCGUGCGGAAGUCGGACAUCCUCCAAAGACGGGAGCAAGGAGGAUGCCAGUGGCAGCAGCGGAUCCGAGAGUGGUCAGGGUGCUAGCGGCCUCCAAGGCGAGCGCAGCGAGCGCAGUGAGCGCAGCGAGCGGGAGCGGGACUGCGACUUCGGAGAGUUUGGGCCGGGACGGAGCCGUUCCCUAGAGACCUCGAACCGGAGAGCCUUCGGGGCCUUCCGUCCUUGGGUGAAGCUGAUCAAACUCUCUGAGGGUUGUCAGGCACGCAGGCUCACAGCGCAGCUGGAGGAGAUCGCUCAGCUCCUGCCCAAAAUGCUAGCCCUAAGGCGUGAUGUCCGAGUUGAUCUCACCGAAGGUGCCUCAAAAUCCCAAUUCUGGCAGAAGGCCCUCGGCUGUACCGAAGAGGACCUACGGCUGGAGCGGCACCUUUGUGUUGAGACUUUGUGA